GAAAAUUUGUUGUGAAAUAUUGCGUUUUUUAAAUCUUAUUUAUCAGCGAAUUUAACAAAUUUUCUUUCUUUCGACGGAUUGAGUGCCGCAGCACUUUUGACAACUGUCAAAAUGAUGUAUGACAACGAAGAAGAACUCUACGAGGAGGAGAAUGCCGAGGAGAUAUCCCACGAGCUCUGGCAGGAGGCCUGUUGGAUUGUGAUAAACGCCUAUUUCGACGAAAAGGGUUUGGUGCGCCAGCAGUUGGACAGCUUCGAUGAGUUCAUCCAGAUGUCUGUGCAGCGGAUUGUGGAGGACUCUCCGGCUAUUGAGCUGCAAGCGGAGGCUCAGCACACAUCCGGCGAGGUGGAAACCCCGCCUCGUUUUUCGCUAAAAUUCGAGCAAAUCUACCUUUCCAAACCAACGCAUUGGGAGAAGGACGGUUCCCCCAGUCCUAUGAUGCCAAACGAAGCUCGUCUGCGGAACCUCACCUACUCUGCUCCGCUCUACGUCGAUAUCACCAAAACCAAGAAUGUAGAAGGCCAAGACCCCAUUGAGACUCAGCACCAAAAAACAUUUAUUGGAAAGAUUCCCAUCAUGUUAAGGUCAACCUAUUGCUUGCUCUCACAGCUAACAGAUCGUGAUCUUACGGAGCUAAACGAGUGCCCGCUUGAUCCUGGCGGCUACUUUAUAAUAAACGGAUCCGAAAAGGUUCUAAUUGCCCAAGAAAAAAUGGCAACCAAUACUGUAUAUGUGUUCAGCAUGAAAGAUGGCAAGUACGCCUUCAAAACUGAAAUUCGUUCUUGCUUGGAGCACAGUUCGCGACCUACUUCCACGCUAUGGGUGAACAUGAUGGCUAGGGGAUCGCAGAAUAUCAAAAAGUCCGCAAUCGGCCAGAGAAUCAUUGCUAUUUUACCUUAUAUCAAACAGGAAAUACCUAUAAUGAUUGUUUUCCGGGCUCUCGGCUUCGUGGCAGAUCGUGAUAUCUUGGAGCAUAUUAUAUAUGACUUUGACGAUCCCGAGAUGAUGGAGAUGGUUAAACCAUCUCUUGACGAAGCUUUCGUCGUGCAGGAGCAGAAUGUGGCCCUUAAUUUUAUCGGCGCUAGAGGAGCAAGGCCGGGAGUCACGAAAGAUAAGCGUAUCAAGUACGCGAAGGAAAUUUUGCAGAAGGAAAUGUUGCCCCAUGUGGGAGUCUCUGAUUUCUGUGAGACCAAGAAGGCGUACUUUUUGGGAUACAUGGUGCAUCGUCUACUUUUAGCCUCCUUGGGUAGAAGAGAGCUCGAUGAUCGUGAUCACUACGGAAACAAGCGACUGGAUCUCGCUGGUCCUCUGUUGGCGUUCCUGUUCCGAGGCCUAUUCAAGAACUUGAUGAAGGAGGUGCGCAUGUAUACACAGAAGUUUAUUGAUCGGGGCAAGGACUUCAACCUGGAGCUGGCAAUCAAGACCAACAUCAUUACUGAUGGACUGCGGUACUCGUUGGCCACUGGCAAUUGGGGCGAUCAGAAAAAGGCGCAUCAGGCCAGAGCUGGUGUAUCUCAGGUGUUGAAUCGCCUGACCUUUGCUUCUACAUUGUCACAUUUAAGGCGAGUGAAUUCGCCCAUUGGACGGGAUGGUAAGCUGGCUAAGCCUCGACAGCUGCACAAUACUUUGUGGGGCAUGUUGUGCCCCGCCGAAACUCCUGAGGGUGCUGCUGUGGGUCUCGUAAAGAAUCUGGCCCUCAUGGCGUACAUCUCCGUCGGAUCGCAACCGUCUCCCAUUUUGGAGUUCUUGGAGGAGUGGUCCAUGGAAAAUCUGGAGGAGAUCGCUCCUUCAGCUAUCGCUGAUGCUACAAAGAUCUUCGUAAAUGGAUGCUGGGUGGGCAUUCAUCGCGACCCAGAACAGUUGAUGGCCACACUACGAAAACUGCGUCGUCAGAUGGACAUCAUCGUCUCCGAAGUGUCCAUGAUUCGGGAUAUUCGAGAUCGUGAAAUCCGUAUCUAUACAGAUGCAGGUCGCAUCUGCAGACCUCUCCUAAUCGUGGAGAACGGAUCUUUGCUACUUAAGAAAACCCACGUGGAGAUGUUAAAGGAACGAGACUACAACAACUACAGUUGGCAGGUGUUGGUGGCUUCUGGAGUGGUAGAAUAUAUCGACACUUUGGAAGAAGAGACUGUGAUGAUUGCUAUGUCUCCCUACGAUCUGAAGCAGGACAAAGACUAUGCCUAUUGUACCACAUACACCCAUUGCGAAAUCCAUCCCGCCAUGAUCUUGGGCGUGUGUGCCUCUAUUAUUCCCUUCCCCGAUCACAACCAGAGUCCUCGUAACACCUAUCAAAGUGCUAUGGGUAAACAAGCUAUGGGCGUGUACAUCACAAACUUCCAUGUGCGCAUGGACACCCUGGCUCAUGUGUUGUAUUAUCCAAUGAAACCGCUGGUGACCACACGAUCUAUGGAGUAUCUACGUUUCCGAGAGCUGCCGGCUGGAAUCAACUCAAUUGUGGCCAUUCUUUGCUACACGGGUUACAACCAGGAGGAUUCUGUCAUUCUGAAUGCAUCCGCCGUGGAGCGCGGCUUUUUCCGGUCCGUGUUCUACCGAUCCUACAAGGAUUCAGAGAACAAGCGUGUAGGUGAUCAGGAGGAGAACUUCGAGAAACCACAUCGCGGAACCUGUCAGGGUAUGAGAAAUGCUCACUACGACAAAUUGGACGACGAUGGAAUUAUUGCACCGGGAAUCCGUGUAUCUGGUGACGAUGUGGUCAUUGGCAAGACAAUCACUCUUCCUGAAAACGACGACGAGUUGGACAGCAACACAAAGCGGUUUGCCAAGCGGGAUGCCUCAACUUUCUUGAGAAAUUCCGAAACAGGUAUUGUGGAUCAAGUGAUGUUGACCCUGAACAGCGAAGGCUACAAGUUUUGUAAGAUCCGCGUACGCUCUGUGCGUAUCCCGCAAAUUGGCGACAAAUUUGCCUCACGCCACGGACAAAAGGGUACAUGCGGUAUCCAAUAUCGACAGGAGGACAUGCCUUUCACCUGUGAAGGCCUCGCCCCUGAUAUCAUCAUCAAUCCUCACGCUAUCCCCUCUCGAAUGACAAUUGGUCACUUGAUCGAGUGCCUGCAGGGCAAACUUGGGUCCAACAAGGGCGAGAUUGGCGAUGCCACGCCUUUCAACGAUGCUGUCAACGUGCAGAAAAUUUCCACUUUCUUGCAGGAGUACGGCUACCACUUGCGAGGCAACGAAGUCAUGUAUAAUGGUCACACGGGACGCAAAAUCAAUGCUCAGGUAUUUUUGGGACCUACUUACUACCAGCGUCUUAAGCACAUGGUGGACGACAAGAUCCACUCCCGUGCCCGUGGCCCAGUCCAGAUUCUGGUGCGCCAGCCUAUGGAGGGUCGUGCUCGCGACGGAGGUCUACGUUUCGGUGAAAUGGAGCGCGAUUGCCAGAUUUCCCACGGUGCCGCCCAGUUCCUCAGGGAGCGUUUGUUCGAGGUCUCCGACCCGUACCGCGUCCAUAUAUGCAACUUCUGUGGCUUGAUUGCGAUUGCAAACCUGCGCAAUAACACUUUCGAGUGCAAGGGCUGCAAGAAUAAGACCCAGAUCUCGCAGGUGCGACUGCCCUACGCGGCCAAGCUACUCUUCCAAGAACUGAUGUCUAUGAACAUUGCCCCGCGCCUGAUGGUCAACUAAUUAAUAACCCUAUCGCCCUAAGCUGAAAUGUUAGCAGUUAAUUAUUAAAUUACCAUAUUUGUGACAACUCAA